AUGGACGUGUUGCAGGUACUGCGUAAAUCCCCAGAGCGCUUAGAGUGUGAUCACUGCAGCUUCAAAGGAACGGACUAUGAAAGCAUACAAAUUCAUAUGGGUACCAUACACCCAGAGUAUUGUGAUGAAAUGGACGCUGCUGGUUUGGGUAAACUUAUAUUUUAUCAAAAAAGCGCAAAACUGUUUCACUGCCACAAAUGCUUCUUUACCAGUAAGAUGUAUUGCAAUGUGUAUUAUCACAUCACAGCACAGCAUGCAGCACCUGAGAAGUGGAAUGAGGAGCGGAAAGAACAGGUAGAAGGAGAUGGAGAUUCUUCCAAAAAAAGUGUCCCAGUGGAGCCACAGAAACCUACCCUUUCCCCCGAGUCACGCAAACCUGCCCCUUCUCCUGAACAACCCAAAUCUGAACCUGUUGUUUCCCCCAAGCUUCAGAAAUCUUCUGUGUCUCCAGAGCCGCAGAAGUCAGCUCAGGUGACUUCCUCAGAGCCAGAGAAGUCAGCGCAGGCUGUGUCCCCAGACCCAGAAAAGUCAGCCGAGGCCACAUCUCCAGAUCCAGAGAAGUCAGCCUCAACUGUAUCCCCGCACUCAGAGAAGCCAUCUCCUGCAGUGUCCCCCGACCCACAGAAGCUAUCUCCUGCAGUGUCUCCUGACCCACAGAAGCCUGCCCCAGCUGUGUCUCCAGAGCCUCGUCGUCAUUCCCCAGCUGUGUCUCCAGAGCCUCGUCGGCACUCCCCCGCUGUAUCACCAGAGCCCCGUCGCCAUUCUCCCGCUGUGUCUCCAGAGCCCCGCAGAUAUUCCCCAGCUGUGUCACCAGAGCCAAAGAAACCUACUCCAGCAGUAUCCCCUGAACCACGACGGUAUGCCCCAGCUGGGUCUCCUGAGCCCCGGAGACACCCUUCUCAAAUGCGUAGGCCUGCUUCUGCUGCUUCUCCUGAAACCAGGAGGCCUGCUCCUGCAGUUUCACCAGAGUCGUGGAGACCCGGUCCAACUGUUUCCCCUGAGCCCUGGAGGUCAGCACCUCACGAGGUGCAGAAAUCUUCCACGGUUUCUCCCUGGGCUCCAAAGCCUGCCAUGUCAGUGUCUGUAGAAUCCCGGAGGUCUGGCCCUGAGACCCGAAGGCCUGGCCCAGUUGUGUCACCAGAACCUAGGAGGCUUGUUUCUGACUCGUGGAAAUCUACGUCCUUUUCUGAAUCCCAGAAGUCUACUCUUGUUUCUUCUGAGCCGUGGAAACCCAUCUCAUCUGUUUACCCUGAAGGCUGGAAACCUGUUGUGUCCCCUGACACAUGGAAGCAUUCUCCCCCUGUUUCUCCCGAGCUUCGAAAGUCUAGUCACACUGUUUCCUCUGACUCUUGGAAGACUUCUUUCUUUCCUGAGGUCCGUAAGCCUGGUGCUUCGGUAUCUCCUGAAUCUUGGAAACUCUCUGAGUCCCGGAAAUCUAUGUAUUUUUCUGAAACUCAGAAAUCCACCUCUGCUGCUUUGUCUGAGGCUCAGAAACGGGCUCAUUUCCCAGAACCUCGGAAAAGAGCUCUGUUCCCAGAGUCUCGUAAAUCUAAUCCUACUGUUUCUACUGAUGUCCAGAAACGUGCUGUCUUUUCUGAGCCUCAGAAUCAGGUGUCUACUUCUGCUGUUUCUACUGAAGGCCAAAAACAUGCCUUAUGUUCUGAAACCCAGAAAUUAGCUCUUGGUUCUUCUGAAGUCCAAAAGCACACCCUAUUUUCAGAAACCCAGAAACUCACUCCCAUUUCCUCUGAAGUUCAGGAGCCUACUUCCUUUCCAGAGUCUCAGAAAUCUGUUUCUCCUGAAAUUCAGAAACAUGGCCUCUUUACUGAGAGCCAGAAACCUACUCCUUCCGUUUCUCCCGAGACCCCCAAACAAGCUGUUUUUACUGACUCCCAGAAAUCCGCUGUUUCCCCUGAUGUUCAAAAGCAUGCUGUAUUUUCUGAGAUGCAGAAGCCUGCUGCUGCUUUAUCCUCUGAUGUCCAGAGACAUGCUGAAACUACUGUACCUUCUGAAAUCCAGAAGAACAUCCUGUUUUCCGAGCCUCACAAAUCUGCGUCGGGUUUUUCCUCCGAGUCCCAGACACCUAGUGAGUCUGGAGAGAGUGACUUUCUUUCUCAUAGUUUAGAUGAUCAGAAACCACUGGAUGAUUUGUUCUCACAGGAUGAGCCAUCAAUAUUAGCCAAAGAAUCACCAGAAGACAUGUUAUAUUCAUGCCCCAAAAAGAAGCCCAAGAAAGAAAACCAGGAGAACUCUGAUUCUGAACUAAAUAGCAGUGAAUGUGGAAAAGCAGAGAUGGACUCGAUGGAGAUAAAGGAGCAAGAAUCCAACAGUGACCAAGAGCAAUAUGAUAUGGAGUCAUCUGAUUAUGGCAAAGAGAGCAAAAUAGAUGCAACUCCUCCCAUGCAGCCACAGUGUGUGCUGCAGUUUACUGAAGAGAAAGAGGCUUUCAUCUCCGAGGAAGAAAUAGCAAAAUACAUGAAGCGUGGCAAGGGAAAGUAUUAUUGCAAGAUUUGUUGCUGUCGUGCAAUGAAAAAAGGUGCUGUCUUGCACCAUUUAGUUAACAAGCAUAAUGUUCAAAGCCCCUACAAAUGUAAAAUAUGUGGCAAAGCUUUUCUCUUGGAGUCUCUCCUCAAAAACCAUGUUGCUGCUCAUGGUCAAAGUUUGUUGAAGUGUCCACGUUGUAAUUUUGAAUCUAAUUUUCCCCGAGGCUUUAAGAAACAUUUAACCCAUUGCCAAAGCCGUCACAGUGAUGAUACACCUAAAAAACACUUGGACAGCCUUGAACCACUUGAAGAACAAAUUUAAUCUGUUUUUUUCCCUUGUGCUAGAAGGGAAAUUGUGCUGAAUUUACAGAAGUGUUCAAAAGUGUUGCUGUAUGUUAACUGAGUAGUUUAGCUGUUCUGACAAGUCAGAAGAUGCAUGGUUUAUCGUACUAUGUUUAACUUGUCUUAUAGCUGUAUUACUGAAAUUAUUUACUUUGGAAAGUAAUUUUAAAUACGUGUCCAUGUCUUUGUAUUACCCAUCAGUAGAGUCAUAUUUUAUUUUUCAGAUGUACUAUGUUUUUGAAACCAAAAUGGAUACAAAUUAGUUUUGUAAAGAUUUGUAAAACAUACAGGCAAUUAAGGACUGGAGUGGCAAGCAAUCCAUAUAUUCCUGUGAAGACUGAACUUGUUUUUUCACAUUUGUUAAAUGUUGUAUUUUUCAAAAUGUUUUUAUCAAAUUCUCAAAAUUGAAAUUCUUACCAAACUGAAUGUGAAUGAGCCAGGCAUGAGAAACCAUCAAUCUUUCUGGAAUAAUUCUGCCCUGAGGUUGUAAUUGAGUGUAACUUUUGUUGGAAAAUUAUUGCACUCAAUUCUCUGACUUACUUGUCUCAGAUUUAGAAGCAUCAAGGUACUUAGUUUGUGAUUCUGUAUUUUGGCCAUGUUUUAAGCAUGUACUAAUAUACCUUAAAUUGAUGGAUUAACGUCAGACUAUGUAUAGCUCAACACUUUCUCUUGAUGAUUCAGAUGUUUGUAAUGUCAGAACCCCCCUAAAUUUCUUGUAUUUGGUGAAAUGUUAUGCUUUAAUGUUUUAACAAUAAAAGGAAAC